GGUGAAUAAGUAAAGAACUAAAUAGAAAAAAUCGAAMAAAUUAUACAUUUAUAGUCAUUGAAGCAGAAAAAUAUUGCAAUUUACAAUAAUUAUUUCAAAGUUCCAUGUMUACUAAACUAAUAAUUUAAAAAUGUGAAACGAAUCGUGUACAGAAUAMAAAUUUUCAUUUAUCUAUAUACCUACAAAAUCGCAACAUAAAUUCGCUGCGGAUAAUUUAUUUUGAGAAUCGUUAAUACAACGUUAUGCGUUGAUUUCAAAAAUAAUAAUAACAAUUAUUAUUCAAUAUUWAGCUUUUUUUUUCAAGGUGGCUUGAAAACAGUGGAUAACGCGAUUUGUUAUUCCUACUCCGCGGCAAAUAUACUUAUAAAUAUAAUAUUAUAUUUUUGUCUACUUACCUUACCCCACUUCAAAAUCAACAAUCAGAGUAACAUGUCAACAUUUCGUUUAUUGUUUUAAUUUUACUUGCGUGUUGACCUGUUGAUUGUUUACUUAAAGAAACCUACUCCUGACAUACUUGCAAUGGCUGGAUAUAGAAAGGAAAAAAAGGAAAAUGAUCACUUGAAGAAAUUCCGCCCAUCCAAAAAACCAAAAACAUCAAAUCCUUGUUACUGUUUAUCAUAUGUAAUAUCAUUUUUUCGGUUUGUCUAUGACCUAGUUGUGUCAUUUAUAUUUGACUAUGUUUACAAAAAUACACCAUCAAAAGCAUUGCCCCCAGUAGAAGAUCCAUUGGUUCUCGACUGUUGUACAACUAUUGUCGAUAAAAUUAAAAAUAAAGAAGUUACAUGUCGUCAUGUUGUAGAAUGUUUCAUAAAACGAAUUGAACAAGUGAACCCAAUUUUAAACGCUGUGGUUGACACACGUUUUGACGAAGCAUUAGUUGAAGCUGAUGAAUAUGAUAAACUUAUUGAAUUAGCUGAUACAGAAGAAAAAAUUAAUUUAAUUUUUGAUGGCAAACCUUUAUUUGGUGUUCCAUUUACAUCUAAAGAAAGUACAGCAGCAAAAGGUAUGUCUUGGACUUUAGGUCUUAUAUCAAGAACUGGCAUGAAAAGCAAUGAGGAUGCAGAAGUUGUCAAAUCAUUAAAGACUGCUGGCGCAAUACUCUUAGGCGUUACAAAUGUUCCAGAAAUAAACCUAUGGUAUGAAACUAGAAAUAAAGUUUAUGGACAAACAAAUAAUCCUUAUAAUACAAAUCAUUCAGCUGGUGGUUCUUCUGGUGGUGAAGCUAGUAUAGUAUCAGCUUGCGGUAGUCCCUUGGGUCUUGGAACAGAUAUUGGAGGAUCUGCUCGUAUACCCGCUUUUAAUUGUGGUUUAUUUGGGCAUAAGUUAACUACAGGUUUUAUAAAUACAAAAGGUAUGACAUUUAGAAAAGGCACGGAAAAACAAACCAUGGUCAGUGCAGGACCUAUUACUAAGUACGCUGAAGAUCUAACUCCAGUAAUUAAAGCUUUCCUUGGACCUGAAAAAUCUCUGGAAUUGAAAAUUGGGCAAGAAGUUGAUUUAUCUAGUUUGAAAUAUUACUAUGUUGAUAAGCCCAAUGAUCCACGAGUCAGUCCCAUCAGUGAUGAAUUACAAAUAGUUUUGGAUCAUGUUAUAGAGUCUAUAGCUUCUAUCACUGAACUGCCUCCACUCGGAGUCAAAUUUACAGGUACCCGUUACAGCUAUAGCUUAUGGAGACACUCUAUGACAAAAGAAGAAUCAGAUUUUUGUGCUACACUGGGAAACAAUCAAACUAGAGUUUCUGUAUGGUCAGAAGUCCCAAAAAUUAUUGUAGGACGUUCAAAUCAUUCCUUGGCUGCCGUAUUAAAAUUAAUAGAUCUACAACUACCUAAAGUAAAUGCAGUUUGGGCUGAUGCUGAGAUUGAAAAACUUUCAAACGAAAUAUCGACAUUGUUGGGUGAUGAUAGCGUGUUAUUUUUCCCAUCGUCUCCAACCACAGCUAAACGCCAUUAUGAGCCAUUCUUGUAUCCAUAUAAUUUUGCUUAUUGGGCUAUUUUCAACGUGCUGAAGCUACCUGUCACCCAAGUGCCACUCGGUUUAGGUCUAAAUGGUUUACCAUUAGGAAUACAGGUGGUUGCCGGAAUGAAUCAAGAUCGGUUGUGUGUAGCUGUUGCAAAACACUUGGAAUUAAAAUUUGGGGGAUGGAAACCUCCUUUUACAACAAAUUCUGUGAAAAAUUAAAAAUAUAUUGGAUAAUUGUUGAUUAUAUUAGUUUUAUUUUUGGUUAAAGGAAAUAUUUU